AUGGGCUCUCACCAGGUUAAGCCAUCUAGGCCCUUGGAGAGGUUCGGAUUACAAAAUGGGUAUGUUGGAGAUGGUGACUUUGUUGCUCAUAGAGGAUCAACGGGGCAGAAAUUUGAUCGUACGGAGUAUGGCCGGGAAAACCUGUGCGAACCAAGGAGGCACAAGGUCGAAUCUGGUACUGGCAAUGGUGACAGGAAGGCUGGUGCAGAAAGAGUUAGAGAUAAGACGAAAUUGUAUGACAAAGAGGGGAGGAAGAAUGCUGUCCGUAAUCAUUUGAAGGUAUCAAGGAAGUCUUUUGAAGAUGAGAUGGUUGAUGGAUGGCCCAAAUGGCUAGUUGAUAACGUUCCAAGGGAAGUAUUGGCUGGCUUGACUCCCAAGAGUGCUGAAUCGUACAUUAUGAUUAAUAAGGUAGGGCAGGGAACUUAUAGCAAUGUUUAUAAAGCUCGAGAUCGAAACACUGGAGAAUUAGUGGCCCUCAAGAAGGUGCGCCUUGACACAUCGAAGCCUGAAUGCAUUAAAUUCAUGGCAAGAGAAAUUAUGAUAUUACGGAGAUUGGAUCAUCCCAAUGUAGUAAAACUCAAAGGAUUGGCCACUUCACGAAUGCAUUAUAGUCUUUAUCUUGUUUUUGACUUCAUGCAAUCAGAUUUGGCUAGAAUAGUUUCCCGUCCUGAAGAGAGAUUAACUGAACCGCAGGUCAAGGCCUAUAUGCAUCAAUUGCUUUCAGGUUUGCAGCACUGUCAUGACCGGGGAAUUUUGCAUAGAGACAUUAAGGGGUCAAACCUUUUGAUUGAUAAAAGUGGGAUGCUUAAGAUUGCUGAUUUUGGGCUCGCCAAUUAUUAUAAUCCCGACCAUGACCAGCCUCUCACAAGCAGGGUUGUGACACUAUGGUACAGAGCUCCAGAACUCUUAUUAGGUGCCACAGAUUAUGGAGUUGGUAUUGAUUUAUGGAGUGCUGGAUGCCUCCUGGCAGAAAUGUUUACUGGAGUUCCGAUUAUGCCUGGUAGAACAGAGGUGGAGCAACUUCAUAGAAUUUUUAUGCUAUGUGGUACACCAUCAGAGGGUUAUUGGAAAAAAUUCAAAGUUGCUGGGACUUUUAGGCCUCCAAAGUCUUAUAGACCCUGCCUUGUAGAGACUUUCAAAGAUCUCCCAUCAUCUUCUUUGGGUCUAUUAUGUACUCUGCUUGCCUUGGAUCCUGCUUACCGUGGAACUGCCUCUAAAGCUCUCCAAAAUCGAUUUUUCUAUACAAGUCCUUUGGCAUGUGACCUCUCUGGUCUUCCUGUGAUCUGCAAUGAAGAUAAGGAGCAAGAUCAAGCCGAUGAACAAAUCAAGCGCAUGAAUUCUAAAAUUAGACGUUCGCGUACGUUACUUGAGCGUCGCAGAAAGAGCCUGGCACCUGAAAAGCCAGCAGAACCCACUAUAUCUUCUAAAGAGGAAUUGAGAAGGAAUGCCAAUAUAUACGUCCCACAUGAAGAACCGGGUAGCACAACCACAAAUCCUACUGAGGCAAAUGAUUCUUCACCUAUCUUCUCUCCAAAUGUGUCCUCAGAUCAAAAGCUGCUCCCCAAAAGCCAUCGUGAUGAUAAUGGAAGUGAAAACAUUGAUAAAUUUCCUCCUUUACCUAAGUUGAGAUCAAAUGCAGCUAGGGAAGAAGAUACUAUGUACAGAUUUCACCCCGUCCGCAGGUCUUCAUCCACCAGGGAUUUCAGAAUCUCAAGACAAAGGGACCGCUUACUUCUUGAAACAGAUGAUCAGACUGCCAUUUAUGAUAUGUAAGCUCACAACAAUAUUUUUUACCUCCCGUUUUAUGUGUCCUUGAAUUUCCCUUAUAUGAUCUUUUCAGCAACUCUUUACUGGUUCUGUAUCUCUUGUAAGAAGCAAAAGGU